AUGUUCAAGAAGAAGCCUACGAUCAAGCCCUUGGCUCCGUUGCGAUCCUCCGAUCGGAGGAAGCUCGCUGAUCAGAUCAUCAAUGACUUUGAGCUUGAGAGCCGGGAUGAGGGAGCAAAAGAUGAGCAGACACCAGAGCAGAAGGCUGAGGCUACGGCUGCGAGGACGAGCUUGAGGAACUCCCUACUCCCGGACAAUUCACAAUCUGCGAGAUUUACGACGACCCAUGGACCGGAUCUAAAGCAACUCAAUGGCACGGUGUACGUUGGGAGUCAGAAUGGGGAGGAAGCUCGAGUACUUUGGUUCCAAGUCGAGAAUCGCAUGUACCCGACAGUAUACACUCUAUGGAGAAACCCAGACAUCGUGCCAUUGCUGCAUACACCAGAGAUUGUGGUCAAGAAGCUUCAGGGCGGCGCAGACUUGAUGACGCCAGGUCUUGCUGGAGGACCUCCAUUCCCGCCCAAGGCCAAGAAAGGAGCUGUAGUGGCAGUCGCAAGUACAGACAAGCCGACAGUACCAGUUGCGGUUGGAAUCUGCGAGAUCGACGUCAGUGCGUUAGAAAAAGUGCAAGGUGCAAAAGGACACGCAGUGGAAAAUAUGCACUGGGCAGGAGAUGAGGUUUGGAGCUACAGCACGAGCAGCAGACCAGGACAACAGCCGCCGGAGGAAAUUGAAGGCUGGGCAAAGGUACUUGAGGAACGAGGCUUGACGGAGAAGGCUCAAGAGAUGACACUGGAGGAUCAAGACGAAGCUGGAGGAGUCUCUCUUGACAGUAGCGAGCAACCAGCACAAAAUGGGCAUUCUGAUCCUGUAUCAGCUGAGACUCAAGACGGAGAAGAUGCACCAUCACAACCUGAUGCAAAGCCGCUCACGCAGAAAGAAGUCGACGACGCCUUCUAUCAGGCGUUCUUGUACGGCAUCUACCACUAUAAGACUACGAACCCGAACCAGAACAACUUCGGGCUCGUAUUUCCUCUCUCACAAUCCUUCGUCAUGUCGACACUGGUGCAACCGUUCUUGCCAGCAUUCACUCCAGAGCAAAAGGAACAACUGCAGAUCAAGAAGACCUCUUGGAAGAAUAUCAAGAAGUUCGUCAAAAGUUUCGACAAGAAGAAGAUUAUAAAGACCAAAGAGAAGGACGGACAUGAGACUGUGGUGCUGGAUAUUGAUUUCAACGAUGCCGAGAUUGUCAACUUCAACCCGUAUCGAUUGCCCAAGAAGGAGACUGUUGCUGGCUCUUCACUAGGACGGGGAGAGACGGCAACAGACAAGAUCGAUACUGGUGAUGACUCAGUUGGUCAGAAGCUACAAGUCGUGUCCUAUUAUCGACCCACAUCCAAGUUGCAGCCAGUCUUUGAUGCUGCCUCUGCCACGAAGGCAUUGUACACGCCACCCGAAGUUCGUGAACUCAUCACCGCGUACGUCGAGGCAGAGAAUCUCGUCUCGGAAACGAACAAGCGCCUCAUCAAGCUGAACCCUACGCUCGCCAACUCUGUAUUCGACGGUACAGGGCAACUCGACAAAGAGGUCUUGGCCAAGGGUUCCGUGCCCCGCGACGCACUUAUCGAUCGAAUACUUCACGGCAUGGCGAACUCGUAUGCCAUCGUCAAGAACGGGUCUGAUCCCAGCAGUGUCAAGGCAAAGAGCGGCGUACCACCGAAGAUCCACAUCAACCUUGAAACCCGCAGUGGCAACAAGACCGUGACGAAAGUCUCUGGCCUGGAGCCAUACCACGUCAAUCCACGGCCUCUGGCUGAUGAGCUGCGAAAAGUAUGCGCUGGUUCGACGAGCGUGGAGCCUCUCGCCGGAGCAGCCAAAAAGAAUGAAGCUGCCGUAAUGGAGAUUAUGGUCCAAGGGCCGCAGAAGGAUGCUGUCGUCAAGGCUUUGGAGAAGAGAGGGGUGGACAAGCGGUGGAUAGAAGUGUUGGAUAAGACGAAGGGGAAGAAGCGAUAG